GAAGUUUGGAGUAUGAUAUGAAUCCAGAGAACAGAAUAUUCUGGAACAUCCUAAAUUAUCCUUUCACUUCCUAUAAAUACUUCAUCAGUUCCACCGGUAUCAUCCAUCAAACAAGAAAAGAGUUACCUGGUAAGAUCACGUUAUAACCUGCGAAUUUUCAAAUCUCUGUCGAAAGUGUUAUAAGCAUGUCGCUAAUUCCAAGUUUGUUCGGUGGGCGAAGGAGCAACGUCUACGAUCCAUUUUCUCUGGAUGUGUGGGAUCCCUUCAAGGAUUUUUCUUUCCCUGAAUCUGGUCGAGAAAAUUCUGCAUUUGUGAGCACUCGUGUGGACUGGAAGGAGACCCCAGAGGCACACGUGUUCAGGGCUGACAUUCCAGGACUGAAGAAGGAGGAGGUGAAGGUGGAGAUCGAAGAUGAUAAUGUUCUUCAGAUUAGCGGAGAGAGGAAUGUUGAGAAGGAAGAUAAGAACGACAGAUGGCAUCGCGUGGAGCGUAGCAGUGGGAAGUUCUUGAGGAGGUUCAGAUUGCCUGAGAAUGCAAAAGUGGAUAAAGUGAAGGCUUCUAUGGAGAAUGGUGUUCUCACUGUUACUGUUCCAAAGGAAGAGGUUAAGAAACCUGAAGUGAAGGCCAUUGAAAUUUCUGGUUAAGUUUAAUUAGAUGAAAAUCCAGUGUUAUGAUUUGUCUGUUUUGAGUUGUAAGGAUUCUGUGUGAUUGAUGCUAUAAAGAUGCUGUAAAAUACAUGUAAUGAUUGCUGAGAAAUAAAAUUUCAUUUUCAUAA